AUGGCCAACCCAAAGCCCAACCAGGGAGCCGCCCAGCCGCCCCCUGAUGAGCCCCCCAACCCACAGACAACAACAACCCACACACCCACCCCGGGCCUCAAGCAGCUGCUACCCCCGGCCACCAUCGAGCCCAGCCCCGAGCAGCCCGGCAAGUUCUUCUUCUACGGCUCGCUGAUGGACCCGGACGUCCUCUACGCCAUCACAAGAUCCUCGGCCGAGCCCGUGCUGCACAAGGCCACCAUCCGCGGCCACAAGAUGAAGAAGUGGGGCUCGUACCCGGCGCUGAUCCCCGGCGGCGCGGGGGAUGUGGUCGACGGGGUGUACUGGGAGGCCGAGGACGCCGGGCAGUCUGCGCUGCUGCAGCAUUACGAGACGAACAUGUACCGGCCUGUUGCUUGUACGAUCCGCGUUGAGAAGGGGGACGGGGGUGUUGUCGUUGAGGACGGGCUUGUUUUUGUGUGGGCCGGCAACGCGGGGAGCGAGGAGCUUGAGGAGGGGGGGUUCUCGCUUGAGGAGUAUCGGUUGCACCACAAGCCGUAUAUGUUUGUGCCCAAGCCCUGGGAAUUAUAG